AUGAACUCCUUCCUGGAGUAUCUCGCGCGGGGCGGAGAUGGCUUGAGCUUGGCGACCAAAUUCGGGGGCUCCGAGCCCGGUGGCGUGGCUCUGCGGCCGCCCUGUCCCCUGUCAGCAGGCGGGGAAGGCGCCUACCCCACGCCGACGACAGGAAGCUUGCCGGCGCAACCGCAGCAACAGCUGGCGCCUUGCGCCCUGGCGCGCAGCGCUUUCGCGGAAGCAGAGUACAGCUUGCUCCGGCCCGAGGCGCCUUACGCGGCCCCCGGCGGCCCAGACGAGGCCGGCGCUCCCCUCCACUACGCCACCACGUCUAUCUUUGCGGGUGGCGGCGGCGGCGCUUACCUCCAAGUGGAUUACGGCGCGCUCAGCGACACCUUCCAGCCUUGCGCCAAGGAUGCGCCUCCCCGGCCGCCUCCCCCUUCCUCGGACUUCUGCGUCAAGGCCGGCUCCCGGAUCGCGCUCAGCACGUUCGAGUGGAUGAAAGUCAAGAGGAAUGCGCCCCCGAAAAGCAAGCUCUCCACCUAUGGAUCUCCCAGCCCUCCCAGUGCUGUCCGGACCAAUUUCAGCACCAAGCAACUCACGGAGCUGGAGAAAGAGUUCCACUUCAACAAGUACCUCACCCGGGCCCGACGCGUGGAGAUCGCCAAAUCCCUGGGCCUCAAUGACACUCAGGUGAAGAUCUGGUUCCAGAAUCGGAGGAUGAAACAGAAGAAAAGGGAGCGGGAAGGUAUGGUCGUCCCUUGCGCUGCUGUGCCUUUUCACAGCUCCACCUCGGAGUCGAGCCCGACACAGCCAGCGAUGCGUUCUGCUCCCUCUUCUCCAGCCAAUGGCUCGCCCUGACGGCUGUGGAAACACAGAGAGGCGUCAGGAACAGCAGGAGGCUGAAAAGACUCAGGAGAAUUAAACAACAAAACUCCAGAUAAAUCGGAAAGGUCUAAAUGGUGUUAAAUCGUGCACAUUCUAAGACGAGGGGAUUGCUUUGUUUUAUUUAGAAAGACAAUCAUUGCACUGAUGUUGUUGCAUUCCCCUUGGGGAAAAGGCUGGCUUUAUCACGUGCAGGAUGAAGGAUAUUUGCUGCUUUUACGCAGAACUCGCUCAAGGCACAAAUGGCACCGUCUGACUUGUUUACAUUUUAUUUAUUUGCAUUUCAGGGAAAAGCUGCUCUUAGGCCGCUGUGUGCUGCUAAACUUUGUGAUUGGCCUUGCUGAGUUUAUUUGACCUUAGGCUUGCUUACUCACGGGGAAGUCUCCUGGGAAAGACUAGGGGCAGAAGAUCUUAAGCUUGCUCAGCUGGACCUCAGAUUGCUUUGAAUCUUUGUGUUUUCCUCUGUGUGUGUGUAUGUGUGUGUGUAUGUAUGUGUUUUGGAAAUAGAACCCAAGGGUGUGUGUGUGUGUGUGUGUGUGUGUGUGUGUGUAUUGUACAAAAGAAACCAAAGAUAGAGAGCCAUGCGUUUCAUAAAAGGGCUGCUCUCUUGCCUUUGAAAAGCCUUCCUUUUCAAACAUUAGGCCUUGGUUUGAAAUGUAUUUUGAAAUACUCCAGGGCUUCCCAGUGCUGCUGCUUUGAGGUGCCUGCAUGUAAACGCAAUCAUUAGCUAGAAAGCAAUCGUGGGUGACUUGAAUUCCUUUUGGUUUGGGGGGCUCGGCUCUGGUUCUAAACAAAUCUGUGGUCUCCAGAAACAUCCAGCGCAACCAAGUGAGGCUUUCAAUAAGAACGUUGGCUUAAGAUGGGAUUUCCAGUGUAAUUAAUGUCGUGCCAGUUUUUUUGUUUUUUAAAUUUAAAUACUGGUUUUAAUUUUCCAUCAAUAAAUGCAGUUUCUUGAAAGUGUUAUGUAGCAAAGCAAAGAGAUUCUGAGAUGGAUGGACUUCCUUUCCAUUGAUUGUCACUCUUUGCUUUUGGUUUUGUGUUGGCUCAGCAAAAGGCUUCUCUUAAUUAAGUUUUCAGCUGGUUUCUCAAAACAAAGAACUUCUCUUUAUGGUUCUUUAAAUAGCCCGAGAGGUUCUUUCUUCCUUUCCUUUAACAACAACUUCUCAUGAGGCCUAUUUUAGUUUUUCAUGGCGAUCCUUCGUGUAAUAAGAAGAAGUGGAAAAGAAGGUUGUGGAAUAACAACCAAAGCUGGCACAGGGAGCUGAGGAGUAAGGAGGCAAGAAAAGGCCACUUUAUGACUUUCAGGUAACUCCUAGACUUGGGUAAUCUUAAAUUGGCCACUUGAUUUAGUGCAAAGUCUUCGACAUUGCCCCUUAGGAAUUCGAAGAUAAAUCGCAGAGUAAUCCUAACCAGAACUAAUCCUAACCAUGUUUGACUGGGAACCCAUUUAUACGUAUAUGUCAUUUAGUUAUAUCAUUGUUGUUGUUGUUGUUGUUGUUGUUGAUGAUGAUGAUGAUUUCUAAAGGCAUCUGUACAUCAACAACUGAAUACUAGUCAUUUUUUAAAAGAAGAACCCAUGCCAGAUUCUCAGGUUUUCAAGGGGUCUCUAGGUUCCCAUUCUAGGCUUUUUGGAGAUGGCAAUGUUCCUUUGGAGGGGCACUAAGAUCUGCCCCCAAGGGAACAGUUCUAUAGAGCGGCACGACUCAUGUCUCAUGUAAGGAAGUCCAAGUCCUUGGAUAUUAACGCUGACUAACCUAUUCCCAAUCCAUUAGAAAAAAUAUAUAUCAAAUCCAAGUAUUUUGGCACAGGCCUGCAGUCGCAGCGGAAGUAGGUCCAAGCAGAUCCGUUUGGCACUUACUUCCGAGUAAACUUGAGCAGACUUGGCAGCAUCUGGGGGCACCAGAGUGGAAUCUGUUGCUACACUGCUGCUGAAGGCAUGGGUAUA